CCACCACAUCAAUUGCUUUCCACGAGCCAGCUGCGCCGCUACUUCCUCCUUCCGCCUCUCCGCCGAUCUCUUCCGCCUGAAAACACUCGUCGGAGCACACAGCCAGCAUGGCGGCAGCCAUGGACGUCAAACAACUCCAAGAAACCAGCCGGCAGCUAAGCAAAGCCUUCGACGGCGGCGACCCCUCCACCACCCUCCUCACACUCCUCGCCCCGCUCGAGAAAUGGAAAGCCAGCGAAGACCUGCUUCGACAGAGCAAAAUCGGCAUAGCAGUCUCGAAGCUCCGCUCAAGCAAAGACUCCAAAGUCGCGCUCCUCGCAUCCCAACUGAUUAACAAGUGGAAGGCCGAUGUCAAGACUAAGAAGCCUGGCGUCACGGGCACGCCGGGGAAGAACGGACUGAAUGGCGAUCUGCGAAGCCAGACCAACAGCCCGGCGCCGAAGAAGGAGGUCCUCGCGCCGCCGCCGCCUGCGCCGAAGAAGUUCUCCGUUGCGCCGGAGAAGCGCAAUGCGAAAGAGGACGGCGUCGAUACUGCGCUUACCGGCAACCCGACUCGAGAUGGUAGCAUCACUCUCAUCUACAAUGGGCUAGCCUUCAUGUCGGAGGAAGCGCCGGCGGACAUCCUGGCCGUAUCGAAGAGCGUGGAAGCCGCGGCAUUCGAACUCUACCAGCCCGAGACGAGCACGACGUACAAGCAGAAGAUGCGCUCGCUGCAUUUGAACCUCAAGAUGAAGCAAAACGCGGAGCUGCGCAAGGAUGUGUUUAGCCGGGCGAUUGAGCCGAAGAGGUUUGUGAGCAUGUCGAGCGAGGAGCUGAAGAGCGAGGAGAUGCGCAAGAAGGAGAAGGAGAUUGCGAAGGAGAAUAUGAACAAGUCUAUGACGCCGUCCCAGGACAAGAGUAUCUCUACGACACUACAAUGUGGCAAAUGCAAGCAAAGCAAAGUCGCCUACUCGCUGGCUCAGACUCGCUCUGCAGACGAACCGAUGACCGCCUUCUGCGAGUGCACGGUAUGCGGCCAUUUCUGGAAGUUCUCCUAGUCGGCCGGAGUCACGUGACAGCCGAGCUGGGUCAUUACGCGGGUACUACCACGGUGGACGGCGAGAGACGAGCUACUGGGAGGCUUUUGUUUUCAUGACUUUCAUGGGCGGUGAGCGGGAGGGCAUAAGCGCAUGGUGUCCUGGAGUCACGUGGGAAUUGGGGCAGGGUGGCAUUCAGUGAAGUAGUUUGCGCUCGAUGUAUACCUACAAUGUGUGCCGUUUUGCAAUCCAUCCUGCCGUAACGAGAACAUCCGCCAUAUUGUCUUGGAG